AUGCCAGCCCCAUCCGAAUCCUCUUCGCGUGAUCUUCUCUCCUUGAAGAUAUUUGACCAUCACUAUGAAGAUUCCACACGCGUGGAGGAGCUGCAACGCUCUUAUUUCCGAGCUAAGCAUAUUGCCAGAUUACAUGAUCUGAACUUGGAAGAUGUGCAUCAUCUCACUACCAAAUUUUGGGAUGUUCACAGAGACAAUAUCAUUGUCAGAGAUACGACCGCCCAGAUUCUGGUCACGAUCCAGUUCAACCUGGUGGCGGGGACACUCGCUCCCUUUGUUCUGGAGAGACCUGACCUCAAGCCCUUUAUGAAACAGGUUUUGAACUUUGAUGUAUCAGCUUCUUUCAUGCUCAACGAGGUCGGCCAUGGCUGUGAUGCAAGGAACCUGGAAACCACCGCCACUUGGAGGGCGGAUGGUAGUUUUACCCUUCAUACACCUAAUGCUGGGGCUAUGAAGUUUAUGCCGCCAUCUAUGCCAAUUCCCGGAGUUCGUCGCGUUGGACUUGUUUUUGCGCGUCUCUUGGUGAAAGACGAAGAUCGUGGAGUUCGAGGGUUUUUAGUUCCUAUUACGGAUGGACAGGAGAUGUGUAAGGGUGUACAGUCAUGGCUUCUUCCGUCAAUCACUGGUGGCAAGAUGCUAGACCACAGUCUAACAUCGUUCGACCAGGUUCGACUCCCUCCGUCAGCAAUGCUUGGAAAACUUGAAAUGCCUGCCAAUUUGCGAAACCAAUUUCUGUCUUCUAUCAGUCGUCUUGGAACAGGUGCAUUGGCGCUGAGUCUCUGGAUCAUUCCGUUCCUCAAGUGUUCUGUUUACACAGUGGGAACGUAUAGUCAGAACCGAACGGUGCAACAGGGUGCGCGUGGUAAACGAGCUCCUAUCAUCUCAUUCCGAACUCAACAGAUUCCAAUUCUUCAUACUCUGGCACGCAUUGCGGUCAUGGAGGCAUUCGCCGAUUGGAUGACCGAUCUAUAUUCGAACCGCCAGUAUGCAUACCACCCGGAUGCUAGACAUGGACUAGCGGUGAUUGUGAAAUGCCUCUUUAUACAGAAUGGUCAGAGUAGCCUGAAAGAUCUGAUUGAGCGGAGUGGUGCCCAGGGAGUUUAUCCUCAUAACCAAAUGACAGCAUUUGAGUCUCUGACUCGAGCCACCGGUAUCGCUGAAGGGGAGGUGCUCGUUCUUUCAAUUCGUCUGGCCACUGAAAUACUUAUUGGCCGGUAUGAUGUGCCUCCAGCCAAAAGGCCAAACUCUCUGCUAGCGCAGCACGAAGCUGGAGUGAUGGCCGAGCUCAAGGCACACAUGACAGGGAUUCAGGACCACAGGGGAGAAGAGUACAGCAAAAAGAUACUACCUCAAUGCAGACCUCUUGUCCUAGCCAUUGCACAGCGCAUGGCGUAUGAGGCUGCAGUUGAUGCAUGUGUCGAUCCGGCCUUGCUAGAACUUUUCGAAGCCGAUGCGAUAAGUGUAGACUCUGCUUGGUAUACUGAGACUCUCGGGUUGAGUCGGGCAACUCAGUUUGAGAUGGACUCCAAGGCCCUGGAUGCCGUUUACCCUCGCUUGCAGACUCUUCUAGAUGAUCUUGAUGUGGAGCCAUAUUGUACUGCGGCGAUGCUGUCCCCGGACAGAUGGAGUGGCAUUAUCAAUGCCUCUCAGACGUUCACGGGAAACGCACAGUUUGAGUUCUCGGGGAGACCUUCCUCCAAGCUCUAG